AUGCAUGUUUCAAAUGAUGUCAAAAUGUUCGAGAAGGUGAAGAUUGAAGGUGGCCCAGUCAUGCAUGGACAACAAAUGAACAAGAAUUUGUUUGCAGUGUCAACAUGUGACGUCCGAAAUAACGUUACUGAUCAAGUAAUCGAUGAAGUCACAAGAAACAGUGUUCGUGAUGGCUCUGUGAGUGAUGUUGAGCAGCAGCAGUUGUUACCCAUGACGUUGGGUGAUGCUACGAAAAGUGAGUCGCAUAAACCCACCAUCGAAGUUGUGCGUCACAAGGCCCAUGGAUCGGUUCCUCAACCUGGUUCCAUUGUCAUUGCCUGGGUAACGAAGGUGAUGGCUAGAAUGGCUUCAGCUGAUAUCAUGUGUGUUGGAUCAAAGUCUGUUAGAGAAAAAUUUACCGGAAUGAUCAGGCAGCAAGAUGUCCGAGCAACAGAGAUAGAUAAAGUUGACAUGCACUUGUCUUUUCGUCCUGGGGACAUCGUUAGAGCAAUGCUAUCUCUUGGGGAUGCAAGGGCUUAUUAUCUUUCAACUGCAAAGAAUGAACUGGGAGUCGUAUCUGCACAAAGUGCCGCAGGUGCAACUAUGAUACCUAUCAGUUGGAUAGAGAUGCAAUGCCCUCAGACAGGCCAAAUCGAACAAAGAAAAGUUGCAAAAGUUAAAUGAUGUGGUCCCAUUUGUAGCCCACAACUUUGACCUUGUUUGUAAAUCUGUCGUCCAGGCUUAAUGCUAUUGUUUCCUUUUUUAAGUUUUAUUUGAGUGCUUGCUAGUUGGGAUUCUGCAUAAGUACAUGAUUUAUUUUGCUUAGCGGGAAUUCAUGAUUUAUUUUUGUUAGAGGAAAUUUGAGAGUUAUCACCACCAUUAGUACAAAAUGGCUUGCUUUGUUCCCCUUCA